CAUGGCACGACCACAAAACGCGAUGACACCACCACCAAUAAAGACGACGACGACAAAGAGGCCGUAUGUGAUCAGGCUGCAGCUGCUGUUGGACCCACGGCAGUUGAUACCGUUGGCACUCCUGCACACAGCUCGUCACCGGAAGCCGCGACUACUGGCUGCCCCCUGGACACCCAGGAUGCUGUCCGCAAUGCUGGUCUUCCGGAUGCGUCCAUGACCGAACCGGGCGCCAGCGGCCCCUGUAAACGAUCGGCCAACAGGUGCCCCAGCAUGUACAACCGAAAGCGCCUAGCCACGCCAGCGUCUGGGCUCAGUCUCAUUUUGAUCAGUUCUGGUCUGGGCACGCCAGACGAACAAAGCUGCGACUGUUUCUCGCUAUCACAAGUCCCGCCUGCUAUUGUCUAUCAAGUAGCUCUUAGCGGUCAUGUCUUGGGUGGUCUUGUCAAAACUCUCGACUGUGAGAUCCGAGUUGGUGAAAUCUGUUUCCUGCGGAGUUGUAUGCCGUCAUCUGCAUGA